AGCAUCUAAAGCAUUCAGGAGAGCACACCAGACUACACGGGCUGUGGUUUUCAUUUACUAUUUCCUUGUUCACGAAAAACAAGUGCUGUGUGCAAUGCGGAUUCUUUUCUUCAUGUAAUGGAUAAGUAAACAAUAUUUUGACCACUUCGUACGCACUGUAUUCAUCGAUUGGUCCCAGACAAUGGAACAAAGCGGACCGUGCUCCUGCCGACAAGGAAUGGCAUGGGCUUCCUUCGUUUUGGCUUUGACGUUGAUUUCAGACAAGGCCUCGGGACAGCUGAGAUAUUCUAUAUCGGAAGAGAUUAAGGAAGGAACCGCUGUUGGGAACAUAGCAAAGGAUUUAGGAAUCGAUCCGAACAUAUUGAAAGCGAGGGGAUUUCGCAUUGUUUCCGGCUCCACCGAACCCCUUUUCCAGGUGAACCAAAAUGACGGGAUUCUUUACGUAAAUCGUAACAUAGACCGAGAGGAAAUAUGCCAGCGGACUACUGUGUGUCUGAUAAACCUGAAAAGCGUGCUGGAGAAUCCCCUGGAGAUCCAUUACGUGGCAGUGGAAGUGUUGGACGUAAAUGACCACUCGCCCUCUUUCCCAGAGAACAACAAAAGGCUAGAGAUUUCAGAGUCCACUUCACCGGGCACCAGGUUCCAGCUGCACGCUGCUCUCGACCCAGAUGGCGGCGUCAAUUCAGUGCAACAGUAUAAACUAAAUCAAAACAGUCAUUUUCGACUCGAGGUGAAAGAUCGCGGGAAGGAUGGCAAAGUGCCUAUUUUACAAUUGCAAAGCCCAUUAGACAGAGAAGCAUCUAGCAGCCACAAACUACUGCUUACAGCCAUGGAUGGCGGUAAACCCCCGAACUCAGGGAGCAUGGAGAUCGUAAUAGAUGUUUUAGAUGUGAAUGACAACGCUCCUGUUUUUACAAAAGAUGUCUAUUCAGCAGAUAUAAAUGAAAAUUCACCAAUUGGCACAUUAGUUAUACGAGUAAAUGCCACUGAUUUAGACGAAGGUUUAAACGGGGAAGUUAGUUAUUCCUUUGGAAAUGUGAACAGCAAGGUGCGAGAGAUGUUUGACGUCGACCCGAGCACGGGCGAAAUAACUGUGAGAGGACGACUCGACUACGAAGUGGAGGACAGCUAUGAAAUAGAUAUCCAAGCAUCGGACAGCGGCGUUGUUCCGUUCAGAACGGAAAAAAGCGUCACUGUAAAUGUUAAAGACAUGAAUGACAAUGCACCUGUUAUUGAGGUGACGUCACUGUCUGACAGAAUAUCCGAGGAUUCUAGACCAGGAACGACGGUGGCGCUUCUGAGUAUCACCGAUCUGGAUUCGGGAGUGAACGGGAAAGUUAUCAGCUCUGUGAACGGUGAUGUGCCUUUCACGCUCACGACCUCGAUACAGGACAACAUGUACGCUGUUGUGACGAAGUCACAGCUUGACAGGGAAGAUAAGGCGAUGUACGAUGUGACAGUACUCGCGAAAGAUGCAGGCGAACCAGCCUUAACAUCGGAAAAGACAUUCAGAGUCGUAGUGUCCGACGUAAACGACAACAGUCCAGAGUUUUUAAUGAGCCGAUAUCAUUUCUAUGUCACUGAGAACAACCCCCCAGGACCUCCAGUGUUUUCUUUAUUCGCUUCUGACCGUGAUGAAGGAGAUAAUGCUCGUAUAUCCUAUCACAUUCUAAGAGAUGGGAGCGAAUAUAAUAAAGUUACAUCAUUUCUCAAUAUCAACUCUGAAAACGGACACGUUAUUGCGCUAAAAAGUUUCGACUUUGAAACACUGAAAACUUUCCAGUUCCACGUUGUUGCGUCAGAUUCCGGAACUCCGUCACUGAGCAGCAACGUCACAGUGAACGUGUUCAUUCUGGAUCAGAACGACAACGCUCCAGUCAUCCUGUAUCCAGUCAGCUCCAACGGUUCUGCUGAAGGUGUGGAGGAGAUUCCCCGCAACGUGAACGCAGGACACUUGGUGACUAAAGUCAGAGCCUAUGACGCUGAUAUAGGAUAUAACGGCUGGUUACUGUUCUCACUGCAGGAAGUGACUGACCACAGUCUCUUUGGUUUGGACCGCUACACAGGACAGAUCAGAACACUUCGCUCAUUCACAGAGACAGACGAGGCUGAGCACAAACUGAUCAUACUGGUGAAAGACAACGGGAACGUUUCUCUCUCAGCAACAGCUACUGUGAUUGUCAAACUCGUGGAGCCCAAAGAGGCUUUUGCAGCUUCUGAUGUUAAGAGUUCAACAAAAGCAGAUGAGGACAACAAUGUGACUUUUUACCUGAUGAUAACUUUGGGCUCAGUUUCAGCACUUUUUCUCAUCAGCAUCAUCGUGUUGAUUUCAAUGCAGUGCUCAAAAUCAUCCCCAGACUAUACUUCUAAAUAUCUACAAGAGACUAAUUAUGAUGGGACACUGUGUCACAGCAUCCAGUACAGAUCUGGAGACAAACGCUACAUGUUAGUUGGACCCAGGAUGAGUAUAGGAUCUACUAUAGUCCCAGGAAGUCAUGCGAACACACUGGUGCUCCCUGACAGGAGGAGGACAUCUGAGGAGGUAAGACUUUAA